AAAAAUCUUCGCAUUGAAAGGAAUAUCCUCUCCUCCUCCCCCUCUCGAUACUCGGGAGUAAGAAAACACAACACAGAAUACAAGAAGCCAACAACCCCAAUAGGCAAUAGCUUGUCCCAAACCCUCCGAAAAGUGCCUCCUCUCCGUCGACUAUCGUAUACACACUAUCUAUAGAUACAGCCUCUACCUUCUGAAGAAACCCUUUUGAGUUUGGUUGCUAUUUUCAUCAUCUUCACAAGAUAUUCCAUAAAUUUCGUGGGGAAUUCCAAACUUAACAAUGGCACGUCUGCUUUCAACUUAUUGUUCUGUAGAUAUGUCCUCCAGCUGCAAACUUCCCUGUCAUCAAUCAUACCAAGGCUCAAAUUUUUUUUCUUCAUCCUGUAAAUUACAAACAUCUAAGUUUCCGCUUGAAAAGCUUGUCUUGAAAGGAAAUAGGCCAGAAAGAGCUUGCAUGGUCAGUUCAACAACUCUUCCUAUUAGCCAAGAAGCCAAAACCCAACCGGGUUCUGGGUCUCAUCAAGCCUCCGGUGGUUCAUCCAAGCGUAAACGGGUCAUGGUUAUUGGUGGUGAUGGUUACUGCGGUUGGGCCACUGCCCUCCACCUGUCGAACAAAAACUAUGAAGUUGCAAUUGUUGACAGCCUUGUCCGUCGUCUCUUUGACCACCAACUUGGCCUUGACUCACUUACCCCUAUCUCCUCCAUCCAUAAUCGCAUCCGUCGUUGGAAAUCCGAAACGGGAAAAACUAUCCAACUCUAUAUUGGCGACAUCUGUGACUUUGAAUUCCUGGCAGAAACCUUUGAGUCGUUUAAACCGGAUGCUGUGGUCCACUUUGGGGAACAACGCUCCGCUCCCUACUCUAUGAUCGACAGGUCUAGAGCUGUCUUCACUCAGAAUAACAACGUGAUUGGAACACUCAAUGUUCUCUUUGCCAUUAAGGAAUUUAGAGAGGACUGUCAUCUGGUGAAACUUGGAACCAUGGGAGAAUAUGGAACGCCCAAUAUAGAUAUUGAAGAGGGGUACAUAACGAUAACUCAUAAUGGAAGAACAGAUACAUUGCCUUAUCCCAAGCAAGCAAGCUCUUUCUAUCAUCUGAGUAAGGUGCACGAUUCGAAUAAUAUAGCGUUCACUUGCAAGGCUUGGGGGAUGAGAGCCACUGAUCUGAAUCAAGGGGUGGUCUAUGGGGUGAGAACAGAUGAGACUGAGAUGCAUGAGGAGCUCUGCAACAGAUUGGACUACGAUGGAGUGUUUGGAACUGCGUUGAAUCGUUUUUGUGUCCAGGCUGCUGUCGGUCAUCCACUGACUGUGUAUGGCAAAGGAGGCCAGACCAGAGGAUACCUUGACAUAAGAGAUACAAUCCAGUGCGUUGAGCUCGCAAUUGCAAACCCUGCACAGCGUGGAGAGUUUAGAGUCUUCAAUCAAUUCACAGAGCAGUUUUCUGUCAAUGAACUCGCAUCGUUGGUCACUAAGGCAGGAGAGAAGCUUGGUCUUAAUGUGGAAACCAAAUCUGUCCCAAACCCAAGGGUGGAGGCGGAGGAACAUUACUACAAUGCCAAGCACACCAAGCUCAUUGAAUUGGGGCUUAAACCACACCUCCUCUCAGACUCUCUGCUUGACUCCCUGCUCAACUUUGCUAUCCAGUUUAAGGAUCGCGUUGAUGUGAAACAGAUAAUGCCAAGUGUUUCUUGGAAGAAAAUAGGUGCUAAGCCAAAGACCGUUGCUGCCUAGGUACUUACAUUGGAGGGAAACUCUGGCUGAGAAUUAGUCGUUCUUGGGGUCGAAUUUUCCUGAGUAGAAGCAUGGUAUGUUUGGAACUUGUUAUUCUUGUGAAAUAAGUUUUAUCUGGGGAAGGAGGAUUAGGUUGUGAAAAUAGUGCUCUGUGUUAGGAGCCCUGGAAUUUAGAUUUUUAGGGAAAAUAGAUGUUUUACUCACUGCUUGCGCCCUUCGUCUGUACUUUGCAGUGAUGCAAACGAAGCGACUGUCUUUAACAUAUGCAAGAAGGUUAAUAUGUUUCGCA